AGCCCCAUUCUCUCAUCAAAAACCCCCGAGUAAGUUCCUAACCCUUUUUCUCUCCUUGGCGGCUGCUAGUUCUUGCGAUUUCAAUUAGUUAAAGGGAUUCAGGGAUAGAACCAAUUUCUAAACUUCAGGCAUCGGCUUUUUUGUUUUUUAGGAUUUUAUUUGGACUUUAGGCUUCGGUGAAUAUGGCGGAUGAUGCACCAAGUGAGAUCCCCGAGCUUACACCCUUCGAUCCAACAAAAAAGAAGAAAAAGAAGAAAGUAGUAGUUCAAGAUCCAUCUGAAGAGAUAGAUAAGCUGGCUGAGAAAGCGGAAGAUCUGUCAGUUGCUGAUGUUGAACCUAGUUUUGUUGGAACGAAGAAGAAGAAGAAAAAGCAGGUGGAAACUGACUUCCUUGAAGAUGAAAAUGGUGAUGGCGGUGAGGAUGGCAAUGGGGAUCAUUUUGGAGAGGAAGAGCAAGGAGAGGGCAUUGAAUUGGGAGGUACCCGGUAUCCUUGGGAAGGCACUGACCGAGACUAUCAUUAUGAAGAGCUUCUGGGCAGAGUGUUCAAUAUAUUGCGUGAGAAUAAUCCAGAUCUUGCUGGAGAUAGGCGAAGGACAAUUAUGAGGCCUCCGCAAGUUCUUAGAGAAGGAACUAAGAAGACUGUCUUUGCAAAUUUCAUGGAUUUAUGCAAGACGAUGCAUAGGCAGCCGGAACAUGUCAUGACAUUCUUGCUGGCUGAGCUGGGUACAAAUGGAUCGCUUGAUGGACAGCAGAGGUUGGUUGUUAAGGGAAGAUUUGCUCCUAAAAAUUUUGAGAGUAUUCUGAGAAAAUACAUCAAUGAAUAUGUCAUAUGCAAUGGCUGCAAAAGUGCGGAUACUAUACUUUCCAAGGAGAAUCGGCUGUUCUUUCUUCGGUGUGAGCAGUGUGGUUCUUCACGGUCCGUUGCGCAGAUCAAAACAGGUUUCAUGGCUCGUGUUGGUCGUCGCAAGGCUUGAGCAUCAUAUCUUCUCCCACAUCGGUGCUCGUUUUCGAGAAGCGGAGAAAAGCUCUUUUUUGCCUUGCUUAUUUAUAACCAGAGAACU